AUGUUGACCGGCAAACUACCUACAAAAUUAGAGCAUUGUCCAGUCAGUUGUUCAAACUCAGUACAAAUAUCAACAACUACAGCAAGUGCUCCUAUAUUAACAACCACAGCAAGUGUUCUAAUAUUAACAACUACAGCAAGUGCUCCAACAUCAACAACCACAGCAAGCGUCCCAAUAUCAACAACUACAGCAAGUGCUCCUAUAUCAACAACCACAGCAAGUGUUCCAGUAUCAACAACUACAGCAAGUGUUCCAGUAUCAACAACUACAGCAAGUGUUACAAUAUCAAUACCUAUUCAGGAUGCACCAUGUGAAUCUGUGACACUGCUACCAGUACAAUCAACAACACCGAAACCUCCAUCUCCUCCACCUCUUCCUUCCUGUCCAUAUGUCUUAUCAGAAAUGAGUCAAUCUCAAAUUAUUCAAUUAAUAAAUGGGACAUCCGCUUUGUAUGUCUAUCAACACUAUAAUAACGAAUAUCAAGCACCAUUGUGUGCAACUGUCGCCAUGAUUAAAUUCGAAUUUAUAACAAACGUCGGCAGGUGGCAUCUUGAUGAUGUAUCAGUUAAAGAAAAAUACAAUAUCAAUGAACAGUUAAUCAUUAACGGGGACUUCGAAACUGGUAGUUUGGAUUCUAGCUGGGAAUAUUGUCAUGGUAUACAUUCAUGGUUCUCUGGUCAUGUAACGAGCACAACAACUCGCACUGGUAUCUAUAGCUUUGAAUCAGCGGAUUUUGGUCCUGCGUCACACGACCAUUUGUGGCAGACAAUAAAUAUCAAAGGAGGAACUCCAUAUAUAAUAGAAUUUUAUUUGUUAUAUGCUGGGAAUGUUGGUUCAGUAAAAGUCACUGUGGAGUCACGUUGA